CAUUGUUUAUCGGUAUGACGUGGUCACACUGCUCUUGGCUAAAAACAAAACAAACAGCAAUUUCACUAAAUUUGUCUCGUCUACGAAAUGUUACGAAAUUGUACUUUGUUUUAUCCGAACAGGGCGAAUAAGUCGCUGCUCAGAAGGCUGCCAAGGUGCUUCAGCUUGGAUCAAACGUCUACGACAACCGGCAGCUCGCACCAACAGGAACAACAAAAUGCCGACACUGCGCGUGAGGUGAAACAUCAUGAGAACUUUGCCUCUGAUUGGUGGAACAAAAAGGGUCCGAUGGCGGCGCUGCACGCCUUAAACGAAAUCAGAGUGCCUUUAAUACGUGAUGGAAUUAUUGCGCGCGGCAUUGUUAAUUCCGCUUACAUAAACACGACAAAUGUGCUUAACGGUCAACGUAUAUUGGAAGUUGGUUGCGGUGCUGGCUUAUUAACAGAGCAACUAGCUCGGCUGGGCGCUCAAGUAACUGGCAUUGAUCUGGGCGAAGAACUGAUAAACAAGGCACGUUCCCAUUUGACUGAAAGUAGUCCAGAACUUUGCUCGAAGGUGGAUUAUAAAGUGCAGCCAAUUGAUCAGCAUGCCAAGACAAAUGACAAUCAUUACGAUGCCGUCAUUGUGUCUGAGGUAUUGGAGCAUGUGGAGGACAAGGUGGCGCUACUCGAGGCUUCCGUGCGCACUCUUAAACCAGGUGGAUCCAUUUUCAUCACCACACUGAAUAAAACGUUACCCAUGUGGCUGGGUGGCAUUGUCUUAGGGGAAUAUGUGCUGAACUUGGCGCCCAAAGGAACACAUCAUUGGGACAAAAUGAUUGCGCCUCUGGAUGUGCAGCGCAUAUUGGAUACAAUGCAUUGUCAAACUGUAUUGAUCAAUGGCAGCACCUACGAUUUCUGGCGCAACACUUGGCGUUGGAUCAAUUCGACACAAUUUUGUUAUGCUCUGCAGGCUGUGAAACAGGAGUAGCUUUACAAGUUUAGUGUUUAUUAUGUUUUCUAAAUUAACCUUAUUAAUUACACUUAUUCGUCAUCUUGGCGCGGCUUUUUAAA